GAUCUUCAAAGUGAUCAAAACUGUACUUGAUGCUACUGCUCUUCAGAGAGAUUUGAACAGGUUCUUACGGUGGUGCGAAGUCAACCAGCUUUAUUUAAACGUAAGAAAAUGCAAUGUGAUGUCUUUCACUCGCAAAAGGUCAAAGAUUGAAUUCAAUUACUCUAUCAACGAUACUGUGGUGACUCGCUUGAAACUGGUGAAAGACUUAGGAGUUCUCAUGGAUGAAAAACUGACCUUUGGUAAACACGUCGAAUACGUAAUCGCUAAGUCUUAUUCGAUGCUCGGUUUUGUCAUCAGGACUUGUAAGGAGUUUAAGAAUGUCAAAACCUUGAAGAGUUUAUAUUUCGCACAUGUGCGUUCGUAUCUGGAAUAUGCUUCGGUCGUUUGGCACCCGUAUCAAGAAACUUUCAUUGAUAGGAUUGAAUCGAUUCAGAAGAAGUUUUUGAUGUUUGCACUCAGACGAUCAGUGAGACGUGACGAGAACUAUAAACUUCCACCUUACAUUGACAGAUGUUGCUCCAUCGACAUUGAACCGCUUGCUAGACGCAGGAUAAAUGCCUGUGCAUUGUUUACUUUUGACCUUUUAAGUGGUGGUCUUGAUUCAUUUGAAAUAACGAGAAGAAUUACUCUAAAUCCUCGUCCCACUCGAGCUGACGAUCUACUCAUUGUCGAUGAACACAGGACUAACUUUGGUUUCAGGGUAUGCCGCGGAACUCAUUCAAAACGACUGUUAGAAUGUUGAAGAUUCCAAUCAAAUUGAAUGGUAAGAUCAAAAUGUCAUGACUGAUUUCAUUUCACUUGCAAAUAUGCUGGACCUAUGGUUCUUUUUCUAAUCGGUAUCGAUUAGGUUAUUUAGGUCUCACGACUUUAAAAAGUGGUCUCACGACUUAACUCCGAGUCUUAUCGACUUGUGCCGAAUCGAGCCAGUCUAGUCGACUGGCUCCCACUAACCACUAACCGUUCAUUUCCAGGUGGCUCAGAAAACGAUCUAUUGACGACUUUCUGGUUAUUGGUCAAACGAGACGUGACUCACUCCUAUGUGACGUUGGUGAAUGUUUUUAUUUAUGUUUUUGUUCUAUUUUUUUUCAUUCAACUUGACAUGUAUAAUCUUUUUCUGUUCUUUUAUUGUAAAAGUAAAAAUGCAAGUAGUCAGGGGGCGGAUGCCA